AGUAUGAUGACUGAUAAAGGCUUGAACCUUUCUUCAGAAGGACUUCAAAUUUGGAGGGUGGUGAAGUUGAAAAUGGUUCCCCUUGAACGUAAAGAUUUUGGCACGUUUUAUACGGGAGACGCUUACGUGAUUUUACACCGUGGAGACGCAGAAACACACGUUCAUAUGUGGCACGGAGAUAAUGCUAGCGUGGAUGAGAAGGGUGUGAGUGCUGUCUUUGUCACACAAAUUGAUGAUUUAUUGAAUGGAGUCCCAGUACAACACAGAGAAAUGCAAGGCCAUGAAAGUGAUGUUUUGAUGAACUAUUUCCCCUCUGGUAUAAAGUAUCAGGAGGGAGGAGUUGAUUCUGGAUUCCACAAGGUUCCGUCGGCCCCGAAAUUGAUCCGGAAACUUUAUCACAUCAAAGGGAAGAAGGAUAUUCGUGCAAAAGAGGUUCCAAUGAGUUGGGAGAGUUUUAAUACCGGAGACUGUUUUAUACUGGACCUCGGUGAGAAAAUACUUCAAUGGAGUGGGAUUGAUUCCAACACGUUUGAACGUCGGAGAGCGGGGACGUUUGCAAAUGGAAUCCGCGAUCAAGAGCGGCGCGGACAAGCAGAAGUCUUCAUUAUUCAAGAUGGGGAAGAGAUCGCAGAAAUGAUUGAGAUAUUGGGUCCAAAACCGGUUUUAAAACCAGGAAAUUUACAAGAAGAUCUUGAUGCGGAUGAAUCUCAUUCGAAGAUGGCACUCCUCUCGAAAGUAAGAGGUUUUCUACGGGGGAGAGAGGGCAGUGGGCUAAACAUGGGAUGUAGUGCUGAGGCUUUAUAAGCUGCUGGUCAGACCACUGGCCCACACUGGCCCACAUUGGCCCACACUGGCCCACAUUGGCCCACAUUCUCAAGUUACAUCCGUCCCACCUGCCCACAUUUGGUCCAUAUCCCUCCAAACCCGUCCUAUCCAUGUACCUGUCUAACUGUGUUGGGAUAGUCCCUGCCUCAAGUACCUCCUCUGCCGGCUUGUUCCACACCACCCUUUGUGUAAUAAUGUACCCCUCAGGUUCCUAUUAAGACUUUUCUCCUUCAUCUUAAACCCAUGUCCUCUGGUGCUUGACUCAUCGACUCUGGGCAACAGACUCUGUGCAUCUACCCGAUCUAUUCCUCUCAUGAUUUUAUACACCUCUAUAAGAUUAUCUCUCAUCUCCCUGCACUCGAAGGAAUCAUGUCCCAGCCUGCUCAACCUCUC